ACAUCCACGCGUUGAAUUGCUUACCCUUUUCUCUUUUCUGUACAAUGGUCUGGCGACUCAGGCACAGGCAGUGCUGAUCUUCGUUCUUUUUCUCUUUUUUUCAAAUCACCCGGCAACGUCAAUUGCCUUUGCAUCCUCGAGUCAACUCAACCGACCGUUUAACGCACGGCUAUUCCCUGGAUACUAAGACGACGCUGAGUAGGACCCUUUCACCCCACCACCCCGGCUAUUGUCUUGCUUUCUCUCUGAGGGUGUCGCAACCUCGACCUUGGAUCCAUUGUCAGGAACAUUUACAGUAAAAACUAUCCUGCAGUGGUAGCCCACCAUCAUGCCUGCCAAAUCGCGAUUCACGAGGCUAGACGCCUUUACCAAAACGGUCGAAGAUGCGCGCGUUCGUACAACCUCCGGAGGAAUCGUCACAAUCGUGAGCCUGUUGGUCAUCUUCUGGUUAACGUGGGGCGAAUGGGCCGACUAUAGGAGAGUGACGGUUAGGCCCGAAUUAGUCGUGGAUAAGGGACGAGGCGAGCGCAUGGAAAUCGCGUUGAACAUAUCGUUCCCGCGGGUACCAUGCGAACUGAUUACGCUAGAUGUCAUGGAUGUCUCUGGAGAACUACAGAUGGGUGUAACACACGGUAUCAACAAAGUUCGAUUGAGCCCGGAGAGAGAAGGUAGCAAGACCAUUGAAAUCAAGGCCCUAGAUCUACAUGCCGAUGAAGCCUCCCACCUCGCUCCUGAUUACUGCGGUGAAUGUUUUGGCGCACCUCCCCCUGCCAACGCGAAGAAGCCCGGUUGCUGCAACACCUGCGACGAAGUGCGUGACGCCUAUGCUUCCAUAUCAUGGUCCUUCGGUCGCGGAGAGGGUGUCGAACAAUGCGAGCGGGAGCACUAUGCAGAGCAUCUCGACGAGCAGCGACAGGAAGGAUGCCGUCUCGAAGGUAGCAUCCGUGUCAACAAGGUCGUUGGAAACUUCCAUAUCGCUCCCGGAAAGUCGUUCUCCAACGGCAAUAUGCACGUGCAUGAUCUGGAAAACUACUUCAAAGACGAAUAUGCGCAUACUUUCACGCACAAAAUCCACCAGCUUCGAUUCGGUCCUCAGCUAAGCGAUGUAGUUAUUCAGGGCAUACAAGAUAAGCACCGAGGUUCUGGCCCUGGUAGCUGGUCGAACCACCACAUCAACCCUCUCGACAACACCGAGCAGCACACUGACGAAAAGGCUUUCAACUUUAUGUACUUUAUUAAGGUUGUCUCGACAGCUUAUCUGCCCCUUGGCUGGGAGGACGCUGCUCCUCGCCUCACCAAGCAUGAUGAACUCCUCGGCUCUACCAUCGAUGCUACGCACAAGGGCAGCAUCGAGACGCACCAGUACUCUGUAACGAGCCAUAAGCGAAACCUGAAGGGUGGCAAUGACGAAAAGGAUGGACACAAGGAAAGGGUUCACGCUCGUGGUGGUAUUCCAGGUGUCUUCUUCUCUUACGAUAUCUCACCCAUGAAAGUCAUCAACCGCGAAGUCCGUGAAAAGACCUUCUCUGGCUUUCUUGUCGGCCUUUGCGCUGUGAUUGGCGGUACGCUUACUGUCGCUGCUGCUGUUGACCGCGCCCUAUACGAGGGUGUGAACAGGAUCAAGAAGAUUCAUUCACAGUAGUUAUAACCUAUCGUAAACCCAUGAGAGAAGCGCAAGGCAGAAGCCAUGUCUUGUUGCGUCCAUGUAGGGAUCUUUGUGUGGAGUUUUGGAGUUUGCAUUGCUGGUCUAAAGCGAGUUAGAUUUGUAGGCUGAGAUGAAGUCUAUGGAGGGCUAGGUGUGGGCAGAGGUAUAGGAGGAUAGAAAUUUCCAGGUUCAGGGAACGAACAACUUUUUGUAUUAUCUAGGUUAGGCAAUCAGAGAAGAAUUCUACGUAUCAAUAUGCAUCGCUUGCU